CUCUACUAUCGGUGUAUGGAUCGAUGUUGCUCAAAAAGUAGACUUGACAUUGUUUGAUGAUCAUCAUUUUUCAAAAGUGAGAAGAAUAUAAGCAACAUACGAUCGUAGAGAAGGUUCAUUAGAGACGGAUCGAGGGUUGAAUGCUCAAUUCUACAGAGGAAAUACAUGUCUGAAACAAGUGACAUCAGCUAUAGCUGCCGUAUGUCUUCAAGUUCAACACCAUCACGAAUCUGAUAAUAAUGGAAACAAGAAUGGCUUUCCGAAUAACACAACGAAUAUGGCUCGUCAUUGUCAUCAUUGCCUUCAUGGCGACAAUGGUCCGCACAGAGUCUGAAAUACCCGAGAACAAGGUAAUAGUCGAUAUCAGACCUGUUUUUCUUCGAGGAUACGAUGGGAUGCUACAAUGCCGAUUCAACGGUGCACCGUUGGCUGUUUUCUGGCUUAAAGGAGCUGAUUUGACGACAGGUACAAACCUGGUCACGUGGUACCCACCUCCACGUGUUGUCAGUGGGUCAGGUUACGUGUCUGGCAAGUACAACCUUACCGAAGACUUCUCCCUGGUGAUCCAUAAUGUCACGGACGAUGAUGCAGGACGAUACAUAUGCAGGAUCUCCAACUUCAAUGGAUUCAUUCUCCGGAACUACACAGAGGCAACGGUUAAAACCCCACCCCAAGACCCCUUCCCAACUAUAGACCAAUGCCCAACAGGAGCAGACGGCAGGGGAACAGAAUCAUGCAUCCUCACACAAGAGACAGGUGCGGACUCUACCGAACUGACAUGCCGAACGAUGGGAGCGCCCAGAGGUGUGGUCUCACUGUCUUGGACCCUAGGGGGCACAACCGUCCCCCUCCAGGCACCCCAAAGAUCAACCAACCCUGACGGCUUGACAGAGGAUGUGACUGUGGCUAUCGACGCAACGCCAAGCGCUGAUCCUUACGUCUGUGUCGCCAUCCUGCCCACCACUACACGAAGACAGGCAAUCACGAGCGUCACUGUGAAUACAGCACCAAUUGUAACAACCAUUGAAGCCGUCACGACAAAGAAUUACACAGUCUUCCCUCCCAAACCUACCAACAAACCCAAGACAGUGAUUAUCAUCUCCACCGUAUGUGCCUUAUCCGUGAUAAUCCUCAUCAUAAUACUUGCAGUCUUCAUUUGGAGAGGAAGAAAGAACAUUUGUAAGUGGUUGAAGUCAUCUCAGACAAAAAAUAAAGGGCCUGUUUCAUAUUUGGAACUUUGGGAGCUUGUCGAAAUGUGCAACAUUGUUGAAGCGGACGGUAUCGUGAACAAGCUGGUGGGGCCCGAAAGAGAAUCAGAACAUCACCCCGAGCGCUCACAGGCAGACCUGUACAGCGAAUUAUGUGAAUGGAAGGAUAAAUGCACAGGAGAUGUCAGGACGCGGCUAUAUGCAGCCAUAGAGGAUCCAGAGAAAAUUAAAGAUUUCCGUGCCCGUACAGACAAGAUGGUCUCUCUUGACGACCAUGAUUUGGAACACAUUUGCUGGCACGUCCAGAGUUGCAAGGAGACAGUAAAGCAACCAUCGUCCCGAGGGAUAUGGUGCUGUCGGAAACUGCAAACAAACCAACAUGCAGGUGAUAGCUAUGAACGAACACCGAUGUAUACUGCAGGAUCAGAAGAUGUAGACCUGGGAGCAGAAACACUGCCACCAAACCGAAUGGUUCAAGCUUGCCUGGCGUUAGAGGAAGCAGGGCGACGGGCAAAUGAAAGUGAUAAGCUUGUGUAUCACCAACUGGCCAAGACAUUCUUCCAGAUCCAUGAUAAGUACAAGAGCGAACUGACAGACGAGGUCUUAAAGGAGUUUGCUCUCAGUAUCACCAAGCGACACUGUCAGAAACUUGGAAACACCUUGAAAGUUUCUGAAGACGCCAUAGCUGCCAGGAAUAAAGAAGACCUCGAGAUGUUCAGGACGAACGGCAUGCUCAAAGAGUGGGUGAUGGAUCAAAAGUGCAGUAACUACGAAAUCAGGCGCAAAUUGAGACAAGCGGCAGAACAGUGCAACCGCCAGGAUAUCGCAGGUAAUUUCAUCAGCAAAGAACAGAGUGAAGUCAUGAUAUCAACCACGAAAAUGCCAGCAUGUGUGACGAUUACAAAUGAAAAACAGAGUUCUGGAGCCAGUGCAUCUGGAAGCAGUGAGUAA